GCCGGUAUGGCUGGCUAAGACUUGAGGUGUGGCCUUCGCACUUUCCCGCACCACCCGCGUCGACGAUAUCUCAGCAUCAGCAGUACAUUCAGCGACGACAGUACCAAACCAACGCAGCAAGGCCACAACCAUGAGGUUUGUUGUGGUUGCAGUGUUUGUCGCUGCCACUUGUUGUUGUUGUUGUUGUUUUCCCCCCUCUGCCACAGCGGCAGACGUCCCUGUCGACACAACAACAACCAACGCCGACACCGACACCACCAACACCGACACCGACAAGCCCGUGCCGCUCAGCUUUGGGGACUUCUUCACUGGCGACCGGGAUGUGUUCUUUGACUCCGUGUAUCAGCAUGAGACGCUGAUUGACCACCGGCCCACGCCGGACGCCUUCACGCCGCGGCUGCGCCAGAUCACAACGCCACUGAACCAAGUGCAGUCAUUGUGCCACGCCUUUGAGCAGCAAGACAAGCAGAGCGGCGGCUUCCACAUCAAGGAGCAAGGCGAGACGCGGCAGGUGUCGUCAUGCAAGCAGAUGGAGGACGAGCUGGCUGCCGGCGCUGGUUUGCUCAUCCGCUACGAGGACCUCGUGGACUCCCCCGCCCAGGACCACGUCAAGCAGCUGCAGGACGGCGUGCGCGACGUGUUUGGCACAGAGUCCACCGUCCACCUGUACCACGCCACGCAGAACGAGUCGCGCGCCCUCAUGCCGCACACAGACCCCUACGACGUCCUUGUCAUCCAGCUCCACGGCUCAAAGCGCUGGACAACCUGCAUCCCAGACGCAUACGUCUCCGACACCGACACCAACAACGACGGCAGUGGCACCAACGCAGAGGACGACGACAACGCCAACACCGGCACUGGCGACCACGGUGCUUCUGCUUCUGCUUCUGCGUCGUCUUCCUUCCCAAGCCGCCAUGGCACACGCGCACGCCCAAGUGAGGCAGAGACCAUCAAGCACUUCAACCCUGCGCAGCUGGGCCAGCUGCAGGAGAUCCGGCGCCAGAGGCAGCAGGGGUGCACGGCGUACCAGGACGCAGACCUGCGUGGCAUGCGCUGCAACGAGUUCACGCUGCGUGCCGGUGACACCAUGUACAUGCCCAAGGGGAUCAUCCACUUUGCGCUGUCGGGCGAGGAGGGCUCGUCACAUCUCACCAUCUCGCUGGAGCGCAAGGGCCUGGCGUGGGCCGAUGCGCUCAUGCACGCGGCGCUCUCUGGCGCGGACAUUGUGGACAACCCGGCGUUCCUUGGCCACUGGAAGAACACGGUGCAGUCGCUCAUCAGCGACUACCGCGGCGUGCAGCUGCUGGAGGCCAUGCCAUCCUGGCACCUCAACACGGGUGCGCUGUGUGCAGCGCGUGGACAGGAACAACAGCAGCAGCUGCAGCAGCACGGUGAUGGCAGUGCAGCUGGCGGCGAGCGGGAUGAGGCGAAGGCGUUUUUGGCGUCGUUCCAGUCGCUGUGUCGCGAGGUUGGACCCGAUGUGCUUGAGACGUACACCAAGGCAAACGACCUGGACGCGUUCCUGAAUGCAGACGGCAUUGGCGCGCUUGUUGAGCGCGUGUGCAGCGAGGAGUCGGCCGCCGCUGUUGUGGAGCAGCUGUGCGCACGCGGCAAAAUGCCCGUGGACGUGACGUCGCCCCGCUUCCGCAAGAUGCACGUGCCGCAGAUGGAGCGUGUGCGUCGUGCAACUGUGACGGCCGCAUACACCUGCAACACUGGCUGCGAUGAAAGCUGUGACACAUCAAGCUGCAACCUUGGAUGCGACGGUGGCUGCGCAAGUGGAUGUGACUCCGGCUGCACCAGCUGCGACACUGGCUGCGACAUCUGUUAUUCAAAUUGCAACACGGGCUGCGACGUGACCACGUGUACUGGAAGCUGUGACACCGGCUGUGACAUUUGCACCACCGGCUGUGACAGCCUGUGCGAUGACAGUUGCAACACGGGCUGUGAUACUGGCUGUACCCUCAGCUGCGACACGGGUUGCGACACCGGCUGUAACACUGGUUGCGACUGGAGUUGUGACAGUUCUUGUGAUACAGGGUGUAAUGGCAGUUGCGACAGCUAUUGCGGGAGCUGUGACAGCUCGUGCGACAGCAGCUGCGACUUCGCGGGCUUUAGCUGCGACUCCAGUUGUGACAGUUCUUGUGAUGACACACCUUGCAGCUGUGAUACUUGCUACACUGGUUGCGACAGCAGCUGUGAUGGGUGCGACGCAAGCUGCACGACUGGGUGUGAUGAUAGUUGUGAUACAUGCACCACGGGAUGUGAUGACAGCUGCACCUCAGGCUGCGAUGGAAGCUGUGACGGAGGGUGCAACCUGGGCUGCGAUGACAGCUGCGACAGCUCGUGCACACAGUCAAGCUGCGAUACGGGAUGUACAACCGACUGCAACGGUGGCUGCGACACGGGCUGCGACGGUCCAUGCAACACGGGAUGUGAUGACAACUGCAACACGAGCUGUGAUGAGUGCACGUACAGCAGCUGCGACAGUUCAUGUGACGGAUCGUGCUCGUGCAACCCGGGCUACUACGGCAGUGGCACGUCGUGCACUGCAUGUGGCCCCAACACGUACAGCGCCAGCAGCGGCCAGAGCUCGUGCACACCGUGCGGCUCCUGCGGCUCAAACCAGUACCGCGUCAACUGCGGCGGUAGCAAUGAUGGUUCGUGCACGUCGUGUGGGUCGUGCCCUGCAGGCUCUGAGCGCACGGGCUGCAGCGGCACCAGCGCAGGCACGUGCUCGCCGUGUGACUCGGGGACAUACAAGACGUCACAGAACAACCAGCCGUGCAGCCCGUGCGGGUCGUGUGCGGCCGGGUACUACCUCGCCGGGUGCGGCGGUUCCAGCGCUGGCGAGUGCGUCGGCGUGCAGUGCAACACGCCACCGAGCGUGAGCCAUGGCAGCGUGUCCUCGCUAAGCAACAACGGGCGGUAUCCCAGCACAGCGACAUACACGUGCGCGCCAGGGUACAUGCUGGCCAGCUCCAGCGACAACAAGCUGCAGUGCCAGACAGACAAGACGUGGGCCGGGACGAUGCCGCGGUGCAUUGGCGUGCCGUGCCCGGGGAUCAGCAUUGCCCACGGCAGCGUGUCACCGUCAGGCACCAUCCGUCAUCCAUCCACAGCAGGGUUUUCGUGCAACACUGGGUACGUGCUGAUGGGAGCGACAUCUGCGCAGUGCCAGGCGGACGGCACGUGGUCGUCGCCCGCACCGACAUGUGUUGGGCGGCUGUGCACCCUGCUGGACACCCCGAACCACGGCAGCGUCUCGUACACAAACAGCCGGCAGUACCCGUCCACAGCUACAUACACGUGCCAGGCUGGGUAUGAGCUGAGCGACACGGGGGAUGCGCAGCGCAGCUGCAUUGCCAGCACGGGCGGAUUUGGCGGCACGGCGCCGUCGUGUGUGGGGGUGCUAUGCAAACCACUGAGCGACCCGCAGAACGGGCACCUGCGCCUGAGCUCGACGCCAGCGCGGUACCCGGCGACGGCGGAGUUCUCGUGCGUGCCCGGAUACGAGCUUGUUGGGCAGGAGCAGCUGUCGUGCAAGACGGACAAGACGUGGUCUGCGCCUGCGCCGACGUGCCGUGGAGUGCUGUGCACGGCGCCGAGCAUUGACCACGCGCAGGUGUCGGCGACAUCUGGGCGGUACCCUGCUGAUGCGAGCGUGACGUGUGCACCUGGGUAUGGGCUGGUUGGCGCGUCGACGCUGUCGUGCCGCACGGACGGGACGUGGGGCGAGCUGCCCUCGUGCCAGCUGUGCCCGGCCAACUCGUAUGCGCCGUCGCCGACACAGCCGUGUGCUUCGUGCCCUUCUGGCACGUCGACCAACGGGCAGACGGGUGCGACCAAGUGCGAGUGCAUUGCUGGACACGAGCCCAGCGGCGACGGAAGCACCUGCGUUCCCUGCCAAGCCAACCACUUCAAACCGGACUUUGGCUCCGUGUCGUGCCAGCCAUGCCAAUCUGGGUUCCAGACUGAGAACGGCGACUUUACCCGCUGCGUCGGUGUCCCUUGCGACCCCGUGCGAGACAUUGAGAACGGCGACCCAGAGAACACCAUGAUGCACCGGUACCCGGCCACUGUGUCGUAUGAGUGCGACACGGGGUUCCAGCUUGUUGGCGAUGUCAGUUCCAUCACCUGCCAGACAGAUGGCACGUGGUCUGCGCUUCCCUCCUGCACCUACAUCUGCGGCGAUGGCCUCGUUGUUGACGGGGAGGAGUGCGACGACGGCAACACAGACGAUGGCGAUGGCUGCUCGUCCACGUGCCAGCUGGAGGAUACACACGCGUGCGUGGACCCUGGCGAGGCGUGCGUGUACUGCAACUUCACGUCGCGGCCGGAGCGGCUGGUGCUUGCGUGCGACGACCCCAUGCUGGACACAAAGGUGCAGACGUGGGCAGACGCAACCGGCAACGCAGAGGUGCUGGACCACGAGCACUGCGGCGACCCCUCGCUGUCGUACGUUGCGGGGAAGCCGCGCGGCACGGUGCCGGGGUGCUACCGCAGCGUGUACGAGUUCAUGGUUGCGUUCAACGGCGGCAAGGUGAUGGAGACGGCGACGGGCGUGGUGCGCGUGUACGACGACACCAAGCCGACGUUCCAAGGCCUGCCGUCAUCCACAACAGCAGACUGCCACAGCGUCCCCUCGUUUGCGGAUGUGUCGGCAUCGGACACGUGCAUGGCGUCGUCGCCCGCAGUGAGCAAGCAGGAGGUGCGGACAGACGGGGCGUGCCCGUACGCAUACACGCUGACGCGGACGUGGAACACGCAGGACGCGUGCGGCAACGAGAACGCGGCGACGCAGGUUGUGACGGUGCAGGACGUGACCAAGCCGACGUUCACCACGCGGCCCACAGACCGGGUGCUGGAGUGCUCUGCGGACGUGGACGCGGACAUUGAGGCGCUGCGCAUGAAGCACGUGGACGCGGCAGCAUCGGACCUGUGCUCCGACACGCUGUUGUUUGAGACGGUUGAGACAGCGCGGGACCUGAGCGGGUGCGGCGGCACGGGCCAGGUGUCGCUGAAGGUGACGGUGACCGACGAGUGCGGCAACCCGCAGGAGGAGACGGUGACCGUCGACGUGGUGGACAAGACAGCCCCAGUGCCCGUGAACGUGCCUGCGGAUGUGACGGUGGAGUGCUCUGCGAUCCCGCCCAUUGCAGAUGACGUGCAUGCGAGGGACGCGUGCGGGCUGCGGCGCGUGAAUGCGACGGCGAGCGAGGAGCGGCAGGACGGGCCGUGCCCGCACAGCUACGACCUGCUUCGCACAUUCACGUUUGUGGACGCGUGCGACAACCCGGUGAGCAGGACGCAGCGGGUGACGGUGCAGGACACGACGGGCCCCGUCAUCACGCGGGACGCCGACGACCUGGAGCUGGAGUGCAGCGCAGAGCGCAACGACGACACGAUUGCGGCGUGGCUGGCGGUGAACGGCGGCGCGCAGGCCAUGGACGCGUGCAGCGGCGUGCACACGCUGACGUGGACGCACGACUACGACCCGCAGUACUACGAGGUGUUCCCUGGCGGCUGCAGCGUGGGCACGGGCCAGGUGCUGGUGACGUUCACGGUUGCGGACGAGUGCGGGCGCACCAGCACGGUGAACGGCAGCAUCAAGAUUGUGGAUACGCGGGAGCCCGCGUUUGUUGCGCCGCUGCCGCCGCUGACGGGGGCGUGCGACGCGGUGCCGCAGGCGACGGUGCCGCAGGCGUACGACAACUGCACGGGGGAGGUGACACCGACGCAGACGACGACGCGGAUGGACGGCGACUGCCCACACCAGUACCACCUGAUCCACUCGUGGGUUGCGGAGGACGAGUGCGGCUGGACAACGACGACGCAGCAGACGGUGACGGUGACGGACGCUGCGGCGCCCACCAUCACCAAGCAGAGCGCAGACAGGACGGUGGAGUGCUCGGUGGCGGACAACGAGGCGCGGCUGGAUGCAUUCCUGGCGGAGCACGGCGGCGCGCAGGCGACGGAGGUGUGCGGCGGCGUGACGUGGCUGUACUCUGACGUGGACACGGUGCUGGAUGUGGCGCAGGGCGCGUCUGGGGACGUUGUGGCGCAGGACGGGUGCGGGACGACGUUCACGGCGACGGCGCACUUCUAUGCUGUUGACGAGUGCAGCAACGCGGCGAAGACGACGGCGACGUUCACUGUGCAGGACACGCUGGCGCCCGUGCUUGACACGCCGCCGGCGGCGUCGAUUGACGCGUCGUGCGAUGCGGUGCCCGCGCUGAGCAACAUCAGCGCAACGGACAUGUGCGCGGGCGCGCUGGUGGCUGUUGCCAGCGAGGAGCGGCUGGACGGGCGGUGCACGCACACGUACACGCUGUCGCGGACGUGGAUGGUGCAGGACCCGUGCGGGCACAUGACAACCAAGUCGCAGCUGGUGCACGUGGACGACAGCGCGGAGCCCGUGAUCACCAAGGAGGCGGAGGACCUGGUUGUGGAGUGCAACGCGGAGACGGACAGCGUGAUUGCGGCGUGGCUGGAGGCGCACGGCAACGCGGCGGCGGCAGACGCGUGCGACCGGGAGCUGACGUGGCAGCACGACUUUGAGAGCGUCAAGUACCUGCUGCAGUACGGGUGCGGGUCGAACGCGGUGAACGUGACGUUCACGGUGAUGGACGACUGCGGCAACGCGGCUGAGACGCAGGCGCGUGUGGUUGUGCAGGACACGACGGCGCCGUUCUUCACGCAGCUGCCGAGCGACGACCGCGCGGAGUGCGACCCGACGACAAACCAGAACACGCUGGAUGCGUUCCUGGCGACGUACGGCGGCGCGCGGGCGUCUGACGUGUGCGGCAGCGUGGUUGGGCAGGACGUGGCGUGGUCGUACGUGGUGGACCUGCAGACGGUGUGCGGCAACGCGUACGACAGCGUGGUGACGUUUACGGCGACGGACCACUGCGGCAACAACGUGAGCGCGACGGCGACAAUGGCGUUUGAGGACACGCAGAAGCCCGUAAUCAAGCUGCGUGGCGCGGAUCCGCAGCUGGCGCAGGUUGGGUUCCCCUGGCUAGACCCCUCUGUGGACCUUGCUACGGACCGGUGCCACCAGGAGCUGACGCCGUUUGUUGAGGUGGUGAACCCGCCCAACACGACGCAGGUCGGCAACGUGACGGUGUUCUACCGGGUUGAGGACGCGUGCGGGUAUGUUGGGCUGGCGAACCGCACGGUGCAUGUGCGGGACACGCUGCCGCCGGAGGUUGAGGUGCUUGGGCCCGGGGAGAUGUUUGUGCGGGCCGGCUCGACGUUCUACGACCCGGGCGUGCGUGCGCGGGACAACGUGUGGCCGACGGUGAGCGUGGAGACGGUUGUUGUUGCGGACGGCGCAGAGUCGCGGGCGGUGCACGAGGCGCCGCAGGCGCAGGGGCGCGAGGUGUUCCAUGUUGUGUACACGGUGCGGGAUGGCAGCGACAACCAGGUGACGCAGGUUGGGCGGACGGUGCACGUGCUUGCGGCGCCGGAGCGGUCGCCUGCGUCGUCGUCAGCAACACUGUCGUUUGACUUUGGGGUGACGCUUGCUGUUGCGGAUGUGCCUGGCGGCGGUGCUGGCGGUGCUGGCGGGCGGCGCGAGGUGUACUCUGUUGCGCGGGCGGUGACGAGCGUGUCGGUGGACCCGGCUGCGCACACGCUUGAGGCGGACGGGCUGGACGUUGUGCUUGGCGGGGACGUGGAGGACUUUGUGGUUGAGGGCGGAGACGGCAGCAGCGCGUCGCCGGGGGCGGCGUAUGUUGAGCUGCACGUUGUUGUUGGGGGCGCAACGGCGGACGUGGUUGAGGCUGCGCGGGCGUCGCCCAAGGUUGAGGCGAUGACUGAGCUGACACGCGCGGUGUCGUUCUUUGGCUCGAUGCGCAACGCGGACGGCGACUGCGCGGGGCUGGACACGAUUCCGGAUGCGCUUGCGCGGCACGGACGCACGUAUGUGAGCGCGGAGUGCGAGGGCUGCCUGUGCGUGUACGAGGCGCUUGAGCCGUCGUCGGAGGGCGAGUUUGAUGCGCCGCAGCUUGAGGAGACGGUGCAGUACCACGUGACGCUGCGGCCGUCGGACAACCGGGCCUUCAACCUGGCGCAGCUGCGCCUCAAGCUUUACGAGCUGGGCGUUGUGCCGGUGCUGCUGCGCUUCGAGCCCACGCCGGCGCCCACGACAACGACCACCACCUCCACCACAUCCGCCGCCACCACCACUGACACCACGACAAGCGCUGCACCGACGUCUGCUGCUGCAGGUGGCGCUGGCACAGCUGCGGCAAACGCGACCGCUGUCAGUGGCAACGCAACAGCAACAGUGACUGCAACGGGUGGUGCUGGUACAUCGUCCAGCACAACGACGACGAGCACGACGACGACGACGAGCACGACGACGACCACGACGCAGGCUGUUGAAGCAGUGACGUUUGUGACGCGAACGCCGUUGCCAAAGGGAAGCGAUGCACUGCUGCCUGCGCGGGCUGUUGUUGAGAAUGUGCGUGCGGUUGUUGCGACGCGGGUGGAGAUGGCUGUGACGCCUGACCUGACGCGGGUGACGCUGCUGAACCAGUUCUACCACCUCGGCAUCGUUCCCAAGACGUGGUCCAUGGAGGCACGCGAGUCUGAGACGGUGCUUGUUGUUGUGACGUACAACGACGUGACGGCGGCAGCGGUGGCUACGCUGGAGAACGAGGUGACCCGCUUACGCCGCCCGCGUGGUCGUGCAACUACACGGUGGACACGGCCCGGUGUUGGGGCGAACAUGACUGGCGCUGCAGCGGCGGUGAACGAGACGCUGCACAUGCAGGGGCUGACGCAGGGGGUCGACUACCGACUGCACGGGUGCGACGGCGACGUGAAUGCGAGCGCAGCGUGUGUGAUUGAGACGCGUGCUGCGCUUGGCGGCGGUGUACUGCUUGCGCUUGAGGCGUGGCCGGCGGUGGUUGCUGUUCGGGAUGACGGAUGCGUGACGCUGGACGACCUCCUGCUCGCCUCCAUCAAGGCCAAGCUUGGUGGUCUGCUGCCGUACCCGGUGGACCGGGUGACGUUUAGCGUGGAUGAUCCGAGCCUGCGUCGUUCAUCACAGGUGUCUGUGACGGUUGGGUUUGGUGGGGUGAGCGACCCUGCUGUGAUUGCUGGGAGCCCUGGCGCGGACUUUGAUGUGCCGGAUGACCGGUACGAGCUUCGGUUCCAGGUUGUCAACGCGACGGAUGCCGAGGCGCUGGCGCUUUCGGCGCUGGAUGCUGCACGUGUGCCGACGAUUGAGGUUGAGGUGAACGGAGACCAGGUCCGUGCCGUUGUUGUGACGCGGCUGAGCGGCGACCAUGUUGCAGUCUUGGAUGCGCAGCCAGAUGUUGUCAACGGCACCAUUGUUGGUCCAGUGUCGCUGAAUGCGCAGCUGGCGCUUGAGGAUGCAAUUGAGGCGCUGCUGCGGCUUGUGCGGCGCGGGGAGGUGGAGGCGAUUGUUCUGGGCCGCCGCGUGCCUGCGGUGACCAUUGAGCGGCGCACAAGGCAGCCAAGGAGCGACAGACGGUGGCGUUCACGAACCCGGCAUACGACACGCCAGGCGACAUCACGGCGUGGGGCGCUGACGACACUGGCGAGUACCAGGACUUUGAUGCUGUGCAGGGCGAUGGCAACGACCUGUACGAUGAGCCUGCACUGGCGCAUGGCAAGGGCCGCGUUGUGCACAACCCGCUGUACGACGGCGUUGAUGAGGAUGCGGCGAUGCUUGGUAUGUACGCAGAUGCAAGCAUGCUGCGGUCCAGCGGCGGCGGCGGCGGCGGUGAGGAUGACGCUGGCGAGACAUACAUGGCCAUUGGCGAAGAGGGUGCUGUGCUGUUUGGUGACGAGGAGGAGGGUGUGGACGAGGCAGACUAUGCCGACUUGGAGGAGAUAGGGUACCUUGACGUUGGGCCCGAAGCUGAGGGUGAUGGCGCUGAUGGCGAUGAUGCUGACGUGGAGGCGAUGUACGAGGACAUGGCAGACACGUCUGACGAGGAGCACGGGUUUGGGUCAGACUAUGACGAGGUGGACGGAGCCCAGGCUGCCGCAGAGGAUUCCGAUGAGUGAUGCGGCGAUGCGGUGAUGCGGGGCUUUGAGCACGCAUGUUGUGUUUGUGAUUUGUUCAUUUUGUCGUUUACUUGCCGUUGUGGUUUGUGUUCGUUGCUUUGAUUUGCUGCUGCCUCUCUGAGCUGAACGGCUUUGGUGAGGGAGGGAUGUUUGCUCAAGCCUUCUUGGUCCGCCAGUUCUGUGCUUCCUUUUUAUGUUUUAAACGCUUAGCUGCGAGCGAUCAAGUGUGUUUUGGAUUUGUGUGUGAGGCAUGAUUGGGUGGUUUUGAUGUUUUGUUGCAGGCACUCACUCACUUGCUGCAGUGUUUCAUUUGUCCUUUCAUCUGCUGUUGGUGCUUCUUUCUUCGCCUUGGCUACUCCCUUUUCCGCUACUUGUUGGUUUUGCAAGUGCAUGUUCGUUCCUGCUGCACCUUACUCAGUUACUCUCCUGUUAUCCUACGCUUGCUGUUGCGCAGUUGAACAAGUACACGAAGCGAGGCGAGAUAUCAAAGGGAG